UCGAAACCUUCUUCACCUGCUCAUCUGUGGGAACAAGGAAUGAAGCAGAAUUUUGCCUUUGACAAUAUUGGCUAUGAAGGGAGUUUGGAAGGCACUGGCUCAUCUCUGACCGCCACCAGAACGAUCAGCAUUCUGGGCAUGACUUCCCAGUCAUGUGUUAAGUCCAUUGAAAGCAGGGUUUCUAGCCUGAAAGGCAUUGUGAGCAUUAAGGUUUUGUUAGAACAAGGCUGUGCAUCAGUGACCUAUGUGCCAGCUGUCAUGAGUCUGCAACAGAUUUGCCAUCACAUUGGGGACAUGGGCUUUGAGAUCAGCAUUGCAGAAAAAAAGGCUGCCUCUUGGCCCUCCAGGUCCUCACCAGCCCAGGAGGCAGUGGUCAAGCUCCGGGUAGAGGGCAUGACCUGCCAAUCCUGUGUCAGCUCCAUUGAAAGUAAGAUCGGGAAACUGCAAGGAGUAGUGAAAGUUAAAGUCUCCCUUGGCAACCAAGAGGCAGUCAUCACUUACCAGCCUUAUCUCAUCCAACCUGAAGACCUCAGGGACCAUGUCAAUGAUAUGGGGUUUGAAGCUGCUAUCAAGAACAAAAUGGCUCCCUUAAGCCUUGGACCUAUUGAUAUUGGCCUGUUAGAAAGCACCAACCCAAAGCGGCUGACAGUUUUUGCUAACCAGAAUUUCACUAACUCUGAGGCCUUGGGAGACCAAAGAAGCCAUAUGUCUACCGUUCAACUUGGAAUCAAUGGAAUGCACUGUAAAUCUUGUGUUUUGAAUAUUGAAGGAAAUAUAGGCCAACUCUCAGGGGUUCAAAAUAUCCAAGUGUCCUUGGAGAAUAAAACUGCUCAAAUACAGUAUGACCCUUCUCAGAUCACCCCUUUGUCCCUGAAGAGGUCCAUCGAAGCACUUCCACCUGGGAACUUUCAAGUUUCUCUUCCUGAUGGAGUAGAAGGGGGUGAGCCAGAGAGAAGGUUUUCCAGUAUUUCAUCUCCUGACGCCACGCAGAGAAACCAGGCCCAAGGCACAUGCAGUACUUUGGUGCUCACCAUCACUGGAAUGACCUGUAUGUCCUGUGUACAGUCCAUUGAAGGCAUGGUUUCUCAGCGGGAAGGGGUGCAGCAAAUAUCAGUCUCUUUGGCUGAAGGAACUGGAACUAUUCUUUAUGAUCCUUCUGUAAUAAAUCCAGAAGAACUCCGAGCUACUGUAGAAGACAUGGGAUUUGAGGCAUCAGUGAUGGCUGAGAGUUAUUCUACCACCCAUCUUUCUGGAAAUCACAGUGCUGGAAAUUUCAUGCUGCCAACAACAAGCAGCACCCCUGUGCCUGUGCAGCAAGUGAUUCCUCAUGCCAGAAAGUUUUCUCAGAACAACAGUCCAGGCCACUCAUUAGAUACCCCACUACCCACCAGAUCAGCAGCCCCACAGAAGUGCUUUUUACAAAUCAAAGGCAUGACCUGUGCAUCCUGUGUGUCCAAGAUAGAAAGAAAUCUUCAGAAAGAAGCUGGUAUCGUCUCUGUAUUGGUUGCCUUGAUGUCGGGAAAGGCAGAGGUCAAGUACAACCCGGAAGUCAUCCAGCCACCCACAAUAGCUCAGCUCGUCCAGGACCUGGGCUUUAAUGCCACAGUCAUGGAGGACAAGAUCUGUUCUGAUGGUGAUAUCGAGAUGAUUAUCACAGGAAUGACCUGCGCUUCCUGUGUCCACAACAUAGAGUCCAAGCUCACCAGGACAAAUGGCAUUACCUAUGCCUCUGUGGCCCUGGCCACCAGCAAAGCCCAUGUGCAGUUUGAUCCUGAAAUCAUUGGUCCACGGGACAUUGUAAAAAUUAUUGAGGAAAUUGGCUUUCAUGCUUCCCUGGCACAGAGAAGGCCCAACGCCCAUCACUUGGAUCACAAGAUGGAAAUAAAGCAGUGGAAGAAGUCUUUCCUGUGCAGCCUGGUGUUUGGCAUCCCUGUCAUGGGCUUAAUGAUCUAUAUGUUAAUACCCAGCAAGGAUCCUCAUGAAGCCAUGGCCCUGGACCACAACAUCAUCCCAGGACUGUCCAUCCUCAAUCUUGUCUUCUUCAUCUUGUGUACCUUUGUCCAGUUCCUUGGUGGGUGGUACUUCUAUGUUCAGGCCUACAAAUCUCUCAGACACAAGUCAGCCAACAUGGAUGUGCUCAUUGUAUUGGCCACAACCAUCGCCUAUGUCUACUCCCUCAUCAUCCUGGUGGUUGCAGUUGCCGAGAAGGCUGAGAAGAGCCCUGUGACCUUCUUCGACACUCCCCCCAUGCUCUUCGUGUUCAUUGCCCUGGGCCGGUGGCUAGAACACGUGGCAAAGAGCAAAACUUCAGAAGCCCUUGCCAAACUCAUGUCCCUCCAAGCCACAGAAGCCACAGUUGUGACCCUUGGUGAGGACAACUUAAUCAUCAGAGAGGAGCAAGUACCCAUGGAGCUGGUACAGCGGGGUGACAUCAUCAAGGUCGUGCCUGGGGGCAAGUUCCCAGUGGAUGGGAAAGUUCUAGAAGGCAAUACCAUGGCUGAUGAGUCCCUUAUCACAGGAGAGGCCAUGCCUGUCACCAAGAAACCUGGAAGUGUGGUGAUUGCUGGGUCUAUAAAUGCACAUGGCUCUGUGCUGAUUAGAGCCACCCACGUGGGCAAUGACACUACUUUGGCUCAGAUUGUGAAGUUGGUAGAAGAGGCUCAGAUGUCCAAGGCACCUAUUCAGCAACUGGCUGACCGCUUUAGUGGAUAUUUUGUCCCAUUUAUCAUCAUCAUUUCAACUUUGACGUUGGUGGUAUGGAUUAUAAUCGGUUUUGUCGAUUUUGGUGUUGUUCAGAAAUACUUUCCUAACCCCAACAAGCACAUCUCACAGACUGAAGUGAUCAUCCGAUUUGCUUUCCAGACUUCAAUCACCGUGCUGUGCAUUGCCUGCCCAUGCUCCCUGGGGCUGGCCACACCCACAGCGGUCAUGGUAGGCACUGGAGUGGCUGCCCAGCAUGGCAUCCUCAUCAAAGGAGGCAAGCCUCUAGAGAUGGCACACAAGAUAAAGACUGUGAUGUUUGACAAAACUGGCACCAUUACUCAUGGGAUCCCCAGAGUCAUGCGAGUCCUUUUGCUCUCAGAUGUAGCUACACUGCCCCUCAGGAAGGUUCUGGCUGUGGUGGGCACUGCGGAGGCCAGCAGUGAGCACCCCUUGGGCGUGGCAGUCACCAAAUACUGCAAAGAAGAACUUGGAACAGAGACCAUGGGCUACUGCACAGACUUCCAGGCAGUGCCAGGCUGUGGGAUCGGCUGCAAAGUCAGCAACGUGGAAGGUAUCCUGGCCCACAGUGAGCACCAGUUAAGUGAACCAGCUGGUCACCUGAAGAGAGUUGGCAGCCUUUCUGCAGGAAAAGAUGCAGCCCCUCAGACCUUCUCUGUGCUGAUUGGAAACCGUGAAUGGAUGAGGCGCAAUGGCUUAACCAUCUCAAGUGACAUCAGUGAUGCCAUGACGGGUCAUGAGAUGAAAGGACAGACAGCCAUCCUGGUGGCUAUUGAUGGUGUGCUCUGUGGGAUGAUCGCCAUUGCAGAUGCUGUCAAAUCAGAGGCUGCCCUGGCUGUGCACACCCUGAAAAACAUGGGUGUAGAUGUGGUUCUCAUCACAGGAGACAAUCGGAAAACAGCCAGAGCCAUUGCCACCCAGGUUGGCAUCAGCAAAGUCUUUGCUGAGGUGUUACCUUCUCACAAGGUGGCUAAGGUCCAGGAGCUCCAGAACAAAGGGAAGAAAGUUGCCAUGGUGGGAGAUGGAGUGAAUGACUCCCCAGCUCUGGCUCAGGCUGAUGUGGGCAUUGCCAUUGGGACUGGCACAGAUGUUGCCAUCGAAGCAGCUGACGUCGUCCUUAUCAGAAAUGACCUCCUGGAUGUGGUAGCAAGUAUCCAUCUCUCCAAGAGGACUGUCCGGAGGAUCCGGGUCAAUCUGGUGCUGGCACUGAUUUAUAACAUGGUUGGGAUACCCAUUGCCGCAGGAGUCUUCAUGCCCAUUGGCAUUGUGUUGCAGCCAUGGAUGGGCUCAGCAGCAAUGGCAGCCUCCUCUGUGUCUGUAGUGCUCUCGUCUCUGCAGCUCAAAUGCUAUAGGAAGCCUGAUGUGGAGAGGUACGAGGCUCAGGCCCAUGGCCGCAUGAAGCCCCUGAGUGCAUCCCAGGUCAGUGUGCACGUGGGCAUGGAUGACCGGCGACGAGACUCCCCCAGAGCCAUGGCAUGGGACCAAGUCAGCUACAUCAGCCAGGUGUCUCUGUCUUCCCUGACGUCUGACAGGCCAUCUAGGCAUGGCACCGCAGCAGAGGACAGUGGGGACAAGUGGUCUCUGCUCCUUAGUAAUGGGGAUGAGGAGCAGUGCAUCUGAAAGCCAGGGGCCGGGCUCCUUCUGAGGGAUGUUGUACCCCUCCCAGGGCUGGCACAGCCCCUACUAGCAGCAAUGGGGUGGAUAAAGCACACCAUAGCCUUGGAACUUCCACUUGAUGGAUGUUCUGCUAACCCUACUGUGGCAUGUGGCCUUGCCUAGAACCCCCUGCCCAUACUAUGCCACUGGUGUGGGCAAGGCUACACCUCUCUGGGACUACAGAAGAGGAGAGGCAGUCAGUGCUCUUCUCAGAGCUCUGCUUAUAUUGUUGGGAUUGCCACCUGUGAAACAAAGCAAGAACCAGAACCUAGUUGGGCCUCUCCAGAAACCUCCCCUCAGCCUCAGCAUGGGGCUUAUUUUGACAACACCCAUGAGCUGCGUGGGUCAGAGACCACAAUUUACCUCAAGUGCACCUGUUUUCUGCUGGCAUCAUCUCUUCCUUUUCUGUCCUGCAUACUUGGCAUCCCUGACAGUGGGGAUGAUGUGCCUGCCUAUCCUCUGAGCAGCGCUCUCCCCUUGGACGUCUCUAAAUGCUCUCUGGCUUUGCACUUGUAGCCCAAGUCUGCUCCCUAGCCUGCACCUGAGAUGGAAGCUGCCACAUCCUUCUGCAUGCUGAGGAAGGUCCUUUAUGGCCAAGACCCACUGCAGUCACACAUGCUGCUGCUGAAAAGCUGAGUAAGGCCUCAGAGCCUGACCAAUCGUCCUUAUCCAGCCUCCUGUGGGGCUCAAGAUCUCAUGACCCGGAGCAUCCCGUGUGCUCCUGAGGCAGGUGUCCCAUGGGAGGUGUGUGCCUAUAAUAAACUCCUGUCACUUAGUGACAGAACCCCUGGAGCAGACCAGAAUCAUUUCACCCUAAGGUAAAACCCUGGCCUCACACACAAAACAAUUUUAGUUCUUUGUUGUGUUCACUUAUUUGCCAAGCUUUGCUCUAAUUCCCUCUUUGUCCCCUCCCCCCACAAAAUAGCAUGGCCACUACUAUUGUGUACAUUUCAGAAGCAAGGCUCAGAGAGGCUGAGCUUGGUGCCCAGAAUCACACAGCAAAUACAUAUUCCAGGUCUGUUGCUUUGAAGACCUUUCUGUGCUCUGCUGCUGCCUUAAGUGUCAAUUUGCCUGACAAGAUUAACUACAUGAAGGUUUUUUUCACUCUUGGAAGAGCAGGUCUGCCAGGUGAUAUAUUAGUUGUAUCAACUUAGAAUACAUCAGGGCAUGAUAUCUUUUCUCAUUUACAUGGUAGUUACUUCAGUUUUUACAUAUAAUGUAGUUUGUGCUGGAUUUUGGCUUCUAAAAUCCAAGUUCAGGGUUUUCUUGUGUUUUUCUUGUUUUCUGUUUUCCUGCCUUUCUCCAUCAGCCCCUUCAUAUUCUCUGUCCCCAUUCUGCCCUGUUUAUAUUCUUGUUUUGAAACUAGGCUAAUCAUUUUGUACUGAAGCUAAUUGUAAUUUUUUUAACUCCUAGGGCCAUAUCAUCAUGUUUGUAUGUGGACCUGAAAAUGUUUAUAUGAUUGUACAGAAAGUAACUUUUUAGAUAUGCAAAGUGUCAGGGAUGUGUUUGGUCAGAUAGUAGUUCCCAUGUCAAAAGACUUUCCAUGAACUAGGAGAAUAAAGUUUUAUUUUAUUCACCC